AUGGUGGGCAACUGUACAUCGAGGCAUACUUGUCGGAUCUGCCGCCGCAAGCAUCAUACUUUGGUUCAUGGCUCGUCGCAGCCAAUUCAAAAUGGCAACAACAUUGACACAGCAAGUGUUGACAGCCGCGAUCGACCAGCAGUCUCACAUGCGGGAUCUACAAUUGGCCACAAUCAACCGCUAGCUCGAGAAGGUCAUCGCUUGGGAAGCGAGACUCCCGCGGAAAACAACUUUACGCAUCAUACUCUGGAGAAUAUUCCGGCGGCUGGUUCUCAGACUCUGUUGCCAACCAUCCUUGCUGACGUCAUCGACGCCUGGGGAAACACUACAACCUGCAGGCUGCUCCUGGACACUGGAUCUACAAUAACCUUGGCAUCGGAAUCAUUUGUUCAGCGAAUAGGCGUGCGUCGAACGCACGCACGGAUUUCUAUUCUCGGUCUCGCCGCCAACAGCGCGGGCGUUACCCGAGGACGCGCACAUAUCAAGCUGCGCUCUCGUCAUUCGGGCCAAACUGUCGAAUUGGUCUCGUUCAUUCUCACCUCGCUGACGUCAUCACUUCCUGCCCAAGUUAUUGACACCUCAUCCUCUACGUGGAGGCAAAUCUGCGAGCUUCCUUUGGCAGACCCAACGUUCUGCACACCUGGAGCAAUCGAUGUCAUUGUUGGAUCGGAUCAACUUUGGUCUCUAUACACAGGAGAUCGGAAACACUUUGGCUCUUACUCUGCAUUCGAUGAUCACCCUACUUCUGCGGUUACUCAUCACGCGGACCUAGACACGAUGGUUCGUUCAUUCAUGGAGAUGGACAGCAUUCAGCCUAACCAGGCUCUCCUGGACGCCAGCGAUCCCACAGAGCGUCAUUUUGCUGCCACACACAAGCGCUCGACGGACGGGGUGUACGUCGUCGAGUAUCCCUUCAAGGAAAAGGCACCGCCUAUUGAUUCGACCUUGCCACAGGCCAUCAAUCGCUUCUUCUCGCUGGAACGCAAAUUUCGUCGGUAUCCAGAAUUGAAGCAGCAGUACGAAGCUUUCCUGGACGACUACUUGCAACGUGGACAUAUGGAAAAACUGACCUCGGCUCAGGUUGAAGAGUCCCCAGACACCUGCUUCUAUUUGCCGCACCACGCUGUCAUCAAACUGGACAGUCUGACUACCAAAUGUCGUGUAGUUUUUGAUGGAUCAGGAAAGGACAGCUCUGGAGUAUCGCUCAAUGACAGACUACAUAUUGGUCCACCGAUUCAACGCGAUCUUUUUGGCGUUUGUCUACGCUUCCGGCAGCACCAAUAUGUUUUAUGUGCAGAUGUCGAAAAGAUGUUUCGAGGCAUUAAAGUCUUUAAGCCACACACCAAUUUUCAGCGCAUUGUUUGGCGCACGACUGAGAAUGAACCUCUGCUUCAUUUUCGCCUGCUGACGGUUACCUACGGAUUGGCACCGUCACCAUUUCUGGCUGUUCGAGUUCUAAAGCAACUUGCCGACGAUCAUGGCCAUGAAUACCCUGCAGCAGCUCACGCUCUUCUGCACGAUGCCUAUGUGGACGAUAUCCCGACAGGCGCCAACACAUUCGAGGAGCUUAUGAUUCUCAAGGACGAGCUUAUAGCCCUCUUGGAUAAGGGAAAAUUCAAGCUACGCAAAUGGAGUUCUAAUAGUUGGCGUCUUCUGAAAUCAUUACCAGAGGAAGAUAGAUGUUUUGAACCUAUCCAGCUCCUCAACAAAUCAGCUGCGGAUUCACCUGUCAAAGUUCUUGGUAUCCAAUGGAACCCUGGGAAGGACGUCCUGUAUCUCAACCUAAAGGGAUGCGAUGCGACCAUUUCUCCGACGAAAAGAGAACUCUUGUCUCAGCUAUCAAGAAUUUAUGAUCCGCUUGGACUGGUAGCGCCGGUCACAGUUCUACUCAAGCUAAUCUUCCAAGAAAGCUGGACAAGUGUCCUGCAGUGGGACGACCCCAUACCUGAAAGUCUACGUACGCGCUGGAGAGCCUUAGUAGAGGAUUUGCCAGCACUUACGCAAUGCCAAGUACCACGGUAUAUUGCGUCACCAUUUCGAGAUGUUCAACUACACGGAUUCGCCGACGCAUCCUCGCACGCCUACGGUGCGGUAGUUUACGCUCGAGUUGCAGUUGGAUGCAGCUUUCAAGUAACUCUGGUUGCCGCCAAAACACGGGUGGCCCCGAUCAAGCCCGUAUCAAUUCCACGUUUGGAGCUAAACGCUGCCACGAGCUGCUGGACAGAUUCAGAAAUUGUGCUACACUGGCUUUCAGCUCCUCCUCGACGGUGGAACACCUACGUCUGCAACCGAACUUCUGAGAUAUUGAGCGACUUUCCCCGUAGCUGCUGGAACCAUGUUCGCACGGAAGACAAUCCUGCAGAUUGUGCUUCCCGAGGACUUCAUCCGUCAAAGCUUCUGGAGCAUCGACUGUGGUGGAAAGGUCCGUCUUGGCUGGCCACACCCACCUCUGAGUGGCCACCUUCUACAAGCAAGUUCAGCGUAUCUUCAAGUUUCGAUGUCAACACCGAAGAACGAGCCAUAAAGCCCACGACUCUACAUAACUUUCCUGAUGAAAGUAUACACGAGUUACUCAUCCACAAAUUCUCAACCUGGACGCGUCUUAUAAGGGUAUCUAGCUACUGUCAUCGCUUUAUUCACACUCUUCGAUCCCAUCAUAGGAAUUCGGCACCAUUCCUUACGUCUGAAGAGUUGCUGGACGCACAGCGCCGACUUAUUCGACAUGUGCAACAAAAAUCCUUUGCCAGAGAAUAUGAGCAGCUAGAGAAUCGACGCCAGCUUAACGCUAAAUCGCAUCUUAUCCGGUUUUCUCCGUUUCUGGAUGAUUAUGGAGUAAUGCGAGUCGGUGGGAGAAUCGAGCAAUCUACACUCAACUAUAACGCCAAGCACCCGAUUCUGAUACCUAAAGAUACACCACUAGCUGGACUCCUGGUUCGACAUUUUCAUGUCUCCUAUCUGCACACUGGAGUUGAUGCAACGUUCACCAAUCUUCGUCAGCAGUACUGGAUUCUGGGAGCCCGCAAUCUCGUCAGAAAGGCAGUCUUCCAAUGCAAAUCCUGUUUUCUUCAACGAAAGGGCACAAGCAACCAGAUCAUGGGAGAGCUACCAAUUCCUCGAGUUCAAGCUAGCCGCUGCUUUCAACACACAGGGCUGGACUACGCUGGACCGAUCGCAAUCAAGGAAUCAAAGGGAAGAACUCCACGCAUCGGAAAGGCAUGGUUUUCUAUUUUCGUGUGUCUCACUACAAAGGCACUUCACAUCGAGGUUGUUAGUGAGCUAACUACACAGGCUUUCAUCGCAGCCUUUCAACGAUUCAUUGCCCGCCGAGCGAAGCCUACUGACCUGUAUUCGGAUAAUGGAACAACAUUUCAUGGAGGCAAGAAAACUUUGGAUGACAUGAGACGUCUGGCCAUUCAACAAGCCAAAGAUGAGGAACUAGCAGGAUUCUUUGCCAAUGAAGGGAUUUCUUGGCACUUUAUACCCCCGUCUGCUCCACAUUUUGGAGGGAUGUGGGAAGCUGGAGUUCGCUCAAUUAAACUCCAUAUGAAACGAAUACUUGGAUCAAAGGCUUUAACGUUUGAGGAGCUCUCUACUGUCCUGACCCAAAUUGAAGCUAUCCUGAAUUCACGCCCGCUGUGCCCAACUGGGGAUAAUUCUUUGGAUCCACUGACGCCUGCUCAUUUUUUGACUGGAUCUCCGUAUACUGCAUUGCCUGAACCCUGUCGUCUGGAUAUGCAAGUCAAUCGAUUGGAGAGGUGGAAUCAGCUGCAAGCCAUGGUUCAAGGCUUUUGGAAAAGGUGGCAUAUGGAAUACCUGACAUCUCUUCAUGAGCGGACAAAGUGGCAUCUGGAAACCGAGAAUCUGAAGAUCGACACACUGGUAGUACUCAAGGAGCCCAAUCUACCGCCCUCUAAAUGGAUUCUUGGCCGCAUCACAGCAGUGCACGCAGGAAUCGACAACAAGGUCCGAGUCGUUACAGUGAAGACUGCUCACGGAUUAUACAAACGCCCAAUUGCCAAAAUCGCUGUACUGCCUCUCUGCUGA